AUGGAGGAGCGGCUCAAGCUUAGCCGUGAAAGUACAGCAAAAGAGGUGGAUGCUACGAAGUACCGACAAAUCGUUGGCAGCCUACGCUACCUCGUCCACACCAGGCCAGACCUGGCAUUUGCUAUUGGGUUCGUCAGUCGUUUCAUGGAACGACCCACGAAGGAGCAUAUGAUGGCGGUGAAGAGAAUUCUUCGCUACGUCGCUGGCACGACCCACUAUGGUCUUCACUACCAACGGAAGACAAAGGAUGCACAUCUAAUUGGUUACAGCGAUAGCAACCUAGCCGGUGACAUUGACACUAGGAAGAGCACGAGCGGCAAUCUGUUCUUCCUCGGCAACUGCUUGCAACUCAAGGUAUUUGGCUGGCUCGACUUCUUGGAGAACUUCAAGGAAGAAAAGCCGAGACAGCUUGAGCUAAUGGUGGACAACAAGUCUGCUCCGGCAUUAGCCAAAAAUCCAGCUCUUCCAUGA